AUGAGCAACAGUCGUAUGACACGUUCUCGUCGUCAGGAACGUGGCGGAGAAGAACAUUCCAUCACGGAAAAUCAGCGGGUUCCCAAGGCAAUUUGUGCACUUUCAGUGGACUCUUUACCUGUCCCUGCGAUAGUCUCAGUCUCACAAAUCGACCUACUAAAGAUUAUGAGCCAACAACAAGAAGCCGCCGAACGACAUCAACGGCAGCUUCUGGAUGCGGCUAGUCAACAACAACAACAACUUGUCCAGUUGCUUCGAGAGCAACAAGAGCAGCGAAAGCAAGAAAUCGCCAAUCAACGAGAACAACGAGAAAGGGAACUUGCCUCUCAGAUGAAGCAGCGGAGGCUUGAUAGAGAAGCUCAAGAACGAUCCGAGACCAGUCUUCAUGAACUGUUCAGGACGACUGUGGCAGCUCUUCAAGCUGUCUAUCAGGUGAACGGCUGA